AUGGUGAUUGUGAUGAUGCUGAGUGCUGAUGGUGAUGGUGAUGAUGAUGACGACGAUGACAAGGACGAUAAUGGUGAUGGCGAUGGUGAUGGUGAUGGUGAUGGUGAUGGUGAUGGUGAUGGUAAUGGUGCUGAUGCUGAUGCUGAUGCUGAUGGAGAUGGUGGUGAUGAUGGUAAUGGUGAUGGUGAUGAUGAUGGUGAUGACGAUGAGAACGAUGAUGAUGACGGUGAUGGUGAUGGUGAUGGUAAUGGUGCUGAUGCUGAUGCUGAUGCUGAUGGAGAUGGUGGUGAUGAUGGUAAUGGUGAUGGUGAUGAUGAUGGUGAUGACGAUGACAACGAUGAUGAUGACGGUGACGAUGAUGGUGAUGGUGAUGAUGUUGAUGCUGAUGGUGAUGGUCAUGAUGAUGAUGAUGAUGAUGAUGGUGAUUAUGAUGAUAGUGAUGGUGAUGGUGAUGGUGAUGGUAAUGGUGCUGAUGCUGAUGCUGAUGCUGAUGGAGAUGGUGGUGAUGAUGGUAAUGGUGAUGGUGAUGAUGAUGGUGAUGACGAUGACAACGAUGAUGAUGACGGUGACGAUGAUGGUGAUGGUGAUGAUGUUGAUGCUGAUGGUGAUGGUCAUGAUGAUGAUGAUGAUGAUGAUGGUGAUUAUGAUGAUAGUGAUGGUGAUGGUGAUGGUGAUGGUAAUGGUGCUGAUGCUGAUGCUGAUGCUGAUGGAGAUGGUGGUGAUGAUGGUAAUGGUGAUGGUGAUGAUGAUGGUGAUGACGAUGACAACGAUGAUGAUGACGGUGACGAUGAUGGUGAUGGUGAUGAUGUUGAUGCUGAUGGUGAUGGUCAUGAUGAUGAUGAUGAUGAUGAUGGUGAUUAUGAUGAUAGUGAUGGUCAAAAUGAGGAAAGUAUAGAGAACUUCAGGUUGUCAAGCAAAAGGUCCAUUUCACGAGAUGCCAAACAAGUCGACGAAUCCAGCUGA